ACAGACGAUUCAAACUUUUGUUGUAUUGUUCGGUGUGAACCGAUAUCUUCGAUAUAAAAAGGCGCGAUUUGUCUGAACCUAUCGAGGUCUAUCGAUACGAAAGUUUGUUUAUCAUUGUUAUUCGGCACUUUGACCAUAAAAAUGAGCUCCAUCAAGAUCGAAUUUGCAGUGCAGAUGCGAAAAGGUGACGAGUCCUAUGCCGGAGCACUCCGUUCGGCGCUUGAUGGGGUCGGCCAGGUGGAAAUUGACACCCAGGAGGGUCGAGUGAUAGUCCAGACCCAACGACCUUGGUCAGAGAUUCAGGACAAGAUAGAAGCCACAGGGGUCCGGGCUGUCCUCUCUGGAUUCGGCGGCCAGUCGGCGGUGGCCCUCAUAAACACCACAGGAAGUGUAGUGGACAAGACAGCUAUCCAGGGAGUGGUUCGGUUUACCACCAUCACCGCAGACAAGGAGCCUGGAGUGGUGGUGGAUGGCGUUGUGGACGGUCUAACGCCGGGAUUACACGGAUUACACAUUCACGAGAGUGGAGACACUUCUUCAGGUUGCUCGUCCGUCGGAGAUCACUACAAUCCCCGCCAAUCGCCACAUGGAAGCCCUGCAGCUGCGGCAGAGGAGCGGCACGCUGGAGAUCUAGGCAACAUCCGAGCCGAUGAAAAUGGCAGGGCCACCUUUAGAUUUGUGGAUCCAGUGCUAGAGGUCUGGGACAUCAUCGGAAGGGCUGUCGUUCUAACAGCCAAUGCCGAUGACCUGGGACACGGGACCAAUGAACAGAGCCUGAUUGACGGCAACUCUGGGGAAAGGAUCGCGUGUGGUAUAAUUGCUCGUUCGGCGGGCAUCUUGGAAAACUUUAAAAGAAUCUGUGCAUGCGAUGGGGUCACCCUUUGGGAUGAACGCAAUAAGCCAUUGGCUGGCAAGCAACGCUCACAAAAGCUGUAACCUUGUUUUCAUAUUUGACCUUGUAAAUAAAAUUAUCUUAUCUCUA